CUGACGUUCAAUGAAGCUAUGCAAAAAUCAACAUAGCUUAGAGCGUUUUGAGUUCACGCCUUUGGAGCAUUGGAGUGAUCAGAAUUAGCUCAGAGCCUCUCAGCUUAAGAUCUUUGUUUCAGGGGCCGUAAAAAACUUGCCUCUAGCAGACAGACGCCCCAAGUCGCGGGUUUCUCUCACUACACGAAAGUACAACUUACUAUUGUUUGAAACCACAAAAGGCUUGUAGAUGGCUGGGGGUUGCUUAAUAGCUCUUCUGUGUGUGUUACUGCCGAGCAAUUCUUUAGCUUUUGCUCAACAGCUCAAUGCCACUGAAGGCCGAGGCCAAACUGUAGAAGGUGGUCCUACGAGACGACAACAAAUACUAACUGGGCCAAAUGUGUGCGGCAGUCGAAUCAAUCCCCAAUGCUGUCCGGGAUGGCAACAAAGGGCUUCCGUUGGGUUGUGUAUAGUGCCAAUGUGCCGGUAUGGCUGUGGUACUGGAGUUUGUUUCAGACCUGGCGUUUGUCGAUGUCCAAAUGGCGCGUUUAGUCCGUCAUGCAGUGGGGUCCAGGUACAAGGCGGACAAUGUAACGUAUUAUGUUUUAAUGGUGGAACUUGUAACAAAGAUAACUGCACCUGUAAAAAUGGAUUCACUGGAAAGUUCUGUCAGUCACCCAUUUGUCAGGAGCAGUGUCUCAAUGGAGGUCGUUGUGUUGGACCUGACAAGUGCGCAUGUCCUUAUGGAUUUACUGGAAACCGCUGUCAGCAAGAUUACAGGGUUGGUCCUUGUUAUACCAAAGUUAGAAACCGGAUGUGUCAUAACCAAUUACGGGGUGUGGUCUGUACAAGACUCACAUGCUGCGCAACUAUUGGACAAGCGUGGGGGAACCCGUGUGAACGUUGUCCUAGCAAACCAGAACCCUGUGAUAGAGGAUAUCUCCCAAAUUUUCGGAGCAAGGCAUGCCAAGACAUCGAUGAAUGUAAAGCUAUCCCAAAGAUCUGUACAGGUGGAAGAUGUAUCAACACUAUUGGGAGCUACCAUUGCGAAUGUCCCGCGGGAAAAAAACUUAACACAGACUCUCAGAAAUGCACUGACAUGGAUGAAUGCACCGAGAUUCCAGGCAUCUGUGCCAACGGCCGAUGCGAGAACACCGACGGUAGUUUUCGAUGUGUUUGCAAAGAAGGAUUUAUUCUGAGCGAGGACAAAAGCUUUUGUAUAAGCAAAAAAUCCGGGUAUUGUUAUCAACGAGUAGUGAAUGACUACUGUGUUGACCAGUCCUCUUCAAACACAACUAAACAUGGCUGCUGCUGCUCCAAGGAGAGUCCUGCUGGCUGGGGAUCACUCUGUGAACGGUGUCCUUCCCGGCAGACACCGGAAUACUCAGAAUUGUGUCCAAAUGUUUCUAUUCCAACUCCCAAGCCUCCAGUGGACGAGUGUAAAAGACAAGGGAACGCAUGUCUUAAUGGCAGAUGUAUCAACGUUCCAAGCGGCUUCCUGUGCUUGUGCAAUACAGGAUAUGUACUUGGACGAGACAAUAGGUGUCUCGAUGUAGACGAGUGUUCAGCGAAUUCGCUGCUAUGUAGAAAUGGGCUUUGUAUUAACAUGAACGGUACUUACAGAUGUGAGUGUAAUCCCGGCUUCCAGGUGUCUUCUGACGGGAAAAGCUGUUCUCGAGGUGUCGACCCGUGCUCUCAAUCGGGUGUUUGUGAGAACGGCGCUUGUGUGAACACAAGAGAUGGCUUCACUUGUCAAUGUCGUAGCGGAUACACAUUGACGUCUGACAAAAGAACAUGCACAGAUAUCGAUGAGUGCAAAUCCCAGUCCGUCUGCAGUAACGGCCAGUGUACUAACUACCCCGGAGGUUAUGAAUGUUCGUGUGAUACUGGGUUUGAACCAAGUUCUGACAUGCGCCAUUGCAACGACAAAGACGAAUGUCGUACUCCGCGAUUCUGUGUCGACGGAAAGUGCGAGAACAGUCGUGGAUCAUACCGCUGUACAUGCCACAAAGGGUUCCAAAAUACAGCAGAUCCAAGAGUUUGCAUAGAUAUCGAUGAGUGCCUACAGGAUAACAUUUGUAAGAAUGGUCGCUGUGUGAAUGAGCCAGGUAGCUUCAAAUGCACUUGUGAACGUGGUUUCACCCCAAGUGCUGAUGGGAAAGCUUGCAUAGAUACAACACUUGGUCGCUGUUACGCCAAGGUAGAAAGCAGCCGAUGUUCUCAGCCCUUGAUGAGAUUCCUUACGCUAUCGCAGUGCUGUUGUGGAAUGGAGAAUGGUGGUCAGCGAGGAUGGGAUGAUCCAUGUACGCCGUGUCCUCUGAAGGGUACAGAGAGUUACAACCGAGUUUGUUGUAAAGGACCCGGAAUGACUUGCGGUGGAGAUGAUGUUGAUGAGUGUGUGAAUAACGCUGGCAUGAAGACAAAUGUGUGUACCAACGGACAGUGUCAAAACACGAUGAAGGAUUACAUCUGUGUUUGCAACCCAGGCUACCGCAGCGAUGUUACUAAAAAGCUAUGCAACGACAUCGACGAGUGCACAGAGGACCCAAGACUUUGCCUAGGUGGAAGCUGCCAAAACUUAGCUGGCACUUUCUCCUGUGAUUGCCCCAAAGGAUUCUCUUUAAAUACUCAAUCUAGAAUCUGCGAAGAUAUUAAUGAAUGCGCCUUCGAGGGUCAGUGUAUUGCUGGAACGUGUCAAAAUACUUUUGGUAGUUUCCGAUGUCAGUGUCCUCGUUAUUACGAAUUAGAUGGAUCGGGCAGGAUUUGCAAAGACAAAAGAACAGCGCAAUGUUGGACAAAAAUCAUGAACAAUCGCUGCGAGGAAUCCAUCAAUGGCGACGUUUCAUUAGAAAUGUGUUGUAACACCAUAGGUAAAGGCUGGGGAAGUCCUUGUGAAGAAUGUCCUCCCAGGAAAGGAGAUGAGCGGUGUGCUUUAGGGUACGCCAUUCAAGACGAACCAAGAUGUACAGACAUCGACGAGUGUACCCAGUUCCCCGGCUUGUGUAAGAAUGGAAUCUGUCGUAACACUCUUGGUAGCUUUGUUUGCGAGUGUUCUACAGGCCUGACUUUGGACUUCACACAAAAAAACUGCGUGGAUCUUCGGGAGGACGUGUGUUACGGUUCUGUCUCCUCCAGUGGCUGUGAAAGGCCAUACCGAGGAAGGUACAAAAAAGUAGACUGCUGCUGUUCCAAGGUGGGAUCGGGUUGGGGUAAUCCAUGCCAAGAAUGCCCAUUAGAAAACACAGAUCCGUUUGAAGAACUAUGCGGCAAUCGAAGAAAGGGAUUCAAGACUGUGGAUAGUCAGACCGGACCGAGAGUUGAAGAUGUAAACGAAUGUGCGAUUCAAGGCAUUUGUAACAACGGACAAUGUGUGAACGCACAGGGAGGAUUCCAGUGCGAAUGUACAUCAGGGUACGCCUUGGACAGUGAGGGAAAGGACUGCAUAGAUAUCGAUGAAUGCCGAAUAUCUGCGGGGUUGUGUGGCAAUGGAACUUGUACCAACAUCGCUGGAAGCUUCCGCUGUGACUGCUUUACUGGAUUUGAGAAUGCUCCAAUGAUGAUGGAGGUCUGUAUUGACAUCGAUGAAUGUGAGCGGAAACCUUGUACGGACGGUACAUGCGUGAAUACUGAAGGAAGCUACAAGUGCAUUUGUCCCAACGGAAUGGAGCUUAUGAAGGAUAAUGUGACGUGCGAAGACGAAAAUGAAUGUUCAGAUCCAAACAAAUGCCGUAAUGGUGUUUGUCAAAACUUCCACGGAGGCUAUCAGUGUUUGUGUGACUCCGGUUUCGUGGUCACGGAGGAUAUGAAGGCGUGUAUAGAUAUCGAUGAAUGUCAAGUGGAUAACGGGAACUGCCGGGAAGUUUGUAACAACACUCUUGGUAGCUUUGUGUGUGACUGUAGAGCUGGCUUCACGUUGCAGCCUGACGGAGUCACAUGUGGAGAUAUCGACGAGUGUUCGCUUGGUGUAGACAUUUGCGGGACGAAUAACACAUGCACGAACUCUGAAGGCGGGUACUAUUGCACCUGUGGCCCUGGAUAUGUGCCUGCUGUUGACAGGAGAUCCUGCAUUGACGUGGAUGAAUGUCAAAACGAUCCUGAGCUUUGUACUAACGGUGUCUGUCGAAACACUCAAGGCUCGUUUGAAUGUAUCUGUGGCAAGGGAUACGUUUUGGCGAAAGGGACAACUGCGUGUAUUGAUGUUGAUGAAUGUGUUAUAGAUCUGGCUCAGUGUGGUAGCAAUGCUGACUGUAGUAAUACUAUUGGCAGUUUUACAUGCGAUUGUAAACCUGGAUUCGCCGGAAGUGGUAACGAAUGCAUAGAUAUCAACGAGUGCGUCACAGGAGCUGCCAGGUGUCAUUUCAAUAGCACGUGUGUCAACUCUCCAGGCUCUUUCAGCUGUGUUUGUGGGCCAGGUUACACAGGAGAUGGUUCUUUUUGUAACGAUAUCGACGAAUGUCUACUGGAAGAUAAUCUUUGUGAUCACGGACAGUGCACUAAUAAAGCUGGCUCAUAUGAAUGCGAGUGUGAGCUUGGAUAUAUACCAGCUGAAGAUAAAAAGAGCUGUGUUGAUAUCGAUGAAUGCAGAAUGUUUCCAUUGUGUAAAAAUGGCCGCUGUGAAAAUAUGCCAGGGAUGUUUCGUUGUAUUUGUGAUGAUGGAUUUCAGCUAGAUAAACAAGGCACAAACUGCACAGAUAUCGAUGAAUGCUCCGUGACAGGAAUGUGCAUUAACGGUCGCUGCGUGAACGAAAUGGGUACAUACCGCUGUGAAUGUGAUGGCGACUUCAUGCCUAACCCCGCGGGCUCAGGAUGUAUCGAUAUGCGAAAAGGAAAGUGCCAUUUAAGUGUUGUGAAUGACACUUGUAUGAACCCGCUGUCCCCAGCUCAUCGCGCGGUGUGCUGUUGCACGUCAGGAAAGGCCUGGGGAGAACCGUGCGAACCGUGUCCUCAGAAGGGGACUGAGGAAUUUCUGCGGCUGUGCCCCGGUGGGAUAGGAUUUGUUCCAGAUCCUUUCACUCUUGUCAUUAAGGAUGUGGACGAAUGCCGGGAACUCCCAGGGGUAUGUAGUCAAGGGCGAUGUUUAAACACUCUUGGAAGCUUUGAUUGCUUCUGUCCUAAAGGAUUCAAACACGACAUUUCUUCUGGAAAAUGCAUUGAUGUUGACGAGUGCAAAGAACUGAUCUUCAUUUGUGGUCUUGAUGGGAUAUGCAUCAACACAAAUGGAAGUUAUGAGUGUGUCUGCCCCGAAGGACAAAAACCAAACCCGAACGAUAAACGUUGUGAAGAUAAUCGACCGCAAGAGUGUUUCAUGGAAGUGGAGAACGAGGCGUCUUCAAAUCCUGUUUGCAAGGGCAAGUUUUCUAAGAACGUGACGAGGGGCGAUUGUUGUUGCACUGGAGUGGGGGCGGCGUUUGGCUCAGAGUGCAAGCAGUGUCCAAAGAAAGAUUCAAUCGAAUGGACAGCCUUGUGCCUGUCCAUAACACGCGUGACACCAACUACGGGUAUUGAAAUAACUCAUCCCACUUCCGAACCCUCCGGGGUUGUUCGCCCUUCUGAAGGGGUAACGGCCCCAUCAACGACAGUCAAACCUGUGACACAACCGGGUAGAGACGUGGAUGAGUGCGAACUGUUUCCAGAGCUUUGUUUGUACGGAGAAUGCAUCGACACGCGAGACAGCUACAGAUGUAAAUGCCCGCCUGGUUACAAGCUUGGCCCAAGAGGUGUAAUGUGUAAAGAUGUGGAUGAAUGCAAGAUGUCUCCGUGUAAGAAUGGUACUUGUCUAAACACCUUCGGCAGUUUCCUAUGCACUUGUCUAAAGGGAUUUAAACUCGACAUUACAAGACUGGCCUGUGUAGAUCUAGACGAAUGUCUUGAGCCAGGAUACUGUGAACAUGGGCGAUGCGAAAAUUCUAUCGGUGGCUUUAAUUGCCAGUGUAACAGAGGCUAUCAGAUCACAACUGGCGGAAAGACGUGUGUAGAUGUAGACGAGUGCUCGCAGGUCAGCGGUAUUUGCGUCAACGGGACAUGCGUCAACACACAGGGAUCUUUUCGUUGUAAUUGCUUCAAUGGCUUUAGGCUCGACAGUCGAGGCUACUGUAAAGAUAUUGAUGAAUGCUCAGCUGUGGUCGGUGUAUGUCAAAAUGGACGUUGUAUUAAUACUAUUGGCGGCUUCAGUUGUGAUUGUAUCCCAGGAUACACCGCCACCCCUGACAAAAUGCGAUGCAGAGAUAUCAACGAGUGUACAGAGGUGCCAGGAUUUUGCGAGAAUGGCAUCUGUACCAAUACCAUCGGCGGCUCACGGUGCGAGUGCACGACAGGGUUUAAACUGAACCGUGCAGGAAAUGCUUGUCUCGAUGUGAAUGAAUGCGAUGAAAAUCCGAACUAUUGUCAAGUUGGUGGUCAGUGUGUGAACACAGUGGGAAGCUACCGCUGUCUUUGUAAUAAAGGUUACGAAGUUGGUAACGGUGGAAGCCACUGUAUUGAUGUGCGGGUGGGUUACUGCUUCGAAAAGUUUGACGAGGAAGGUUGCACUAAACCUAAUGGACGCGAGAUGAGAAAAGCCAUGUGCUGUUGUACCGUUGGAGCCGGCUGGGGUGACCCAUGUGAACUGUGCCCGCAGAAAAAUACCUCUGCCUUUACCCAGUUGUGUCCCAAUGGUGUUGGAUUUGUGAUGGACAGGCAUGGUGUUACAGACGUGAAUGAAUGUCUCCACAUCGCAAAUCUUUGCGAAAAUGGAGAAUGCAUCAACAAUGAUGGAAGCUAUCGGUGCAAAUGCAAAAUGGGAUAUCAGCUUGAUGAAACUGGAAAGAAGUGUGUCGAUGAAGAUGAAUGUGACAUGCCCGGUGUCUGUGGUAAUGGUCUUUGCGUCAAUACAGAAGGCUCUUACACAUGCAAUUGUCCAAAGGGUUAUGCACCAGGCCGCUUCUCACCACGUUGUUCUGAUGUCAAUGAGUGUGUACAAAACAACGAUCUUUGCGCGUUCCGUUGUGUGAAUCAGCCGGGAAGCUACCGAUGUAUCUGUCCUCGAGGAUUCGACUUGGCCCCAGACAAGAUUCAUUGCAGAGAUAUCGAUGAAUGCAGAGAAAACACCAGAUUGUGUCCGUUCGUUUGUAAGAAUUUUAUCGGCGGUUUUAAGUGCAGGUGUCCCGCGGGAUUCAGAGGAAAUGGUCAGAUAUGUGAAGAUAUCAAUGAAUGCCGGGAAAAGUUGGAUAUUUGUCAAAAUGGCGCGUGCAGAAACCUCUCGGGGACUUACAUCUGCGACUGUGACUCGGGGUAUCAGCGGAGUGCGGAUGGAAAGGAGUGUGAAGAUACGCGAAAGGGACUUUGCUUCGCUGUCGUAAGGAACAACAUGUGUGAAGCCGUCACAAAGGAAAUGAUGCAGGUCCGAAAGAAGGAAUGCUGUUGUACGGCCGGGAAAGCCUGGGGCACAAACUGCCAACUGUGUCCGAGGAAAGGAACUGCUGAAUAUGGUAACCUAUGCCGAACCAUGGCACAACAAAAAAACAACAUGACCCAUUUAUGUGAGAUGAUCCCAGGCCUUUGUCAGAAUGGGAAGUGUAUGAAUAUUCGUGGGGGAUACCGCUGUAUGUGUAACGUGGGCUACAAACUAACCAUGGAUGCGAAGCGAUGCUUAGAUAUCGAUGAGUGCGCUAAAGAUUCCAGUAUUUGUCAGUUUACUUGUGCAAACACUGAUGGUUCUUACAAAUGUAGCUGUCCCAUUGGGUAUGUGCUGCGAGCCGACCAGAAAACAUGUACAGAUGAAGACGAAUGUACUACGGAUCGACAUAACUGUCAGCAUAACUGUAUCAAUGUCCCCGGUAGCUUCCGCUGUGGCUGUCCUGAUGGAUUCAUGAAAAAUGGAAUUACGUGUGUUGACAAAGACGAAUGUAUGACAGAUAACAACAUCUGUGGAUUUGGAAGGUGUGAGAACUUGCCGGGAUCUUACAGAUGCGUGUGUAAUCGUGGUUAUACAUAUGACGAUAAGACCAAGAAAUGCAUUGGAAAUAACAGAUGUACUGGAAAUGCGUGUCAAUAUGGUUGCUUCAACCUCGGGGGUGGAUAUCGAUGUGGAUGUCCCCCCGGAUACACGCAGGAUUUUUACUUCAACCAGUGUGUUGAUAUCAACGAGUGUCGGAGCAGACUUACUUGUGGACAGGCGCAGUGUAGGAAUACAUUAGGAGCGUAUUACUGUACAUGUCAUCACGGAUAUGUGCUUAAUCCAGAUGGCCGAUCGUGCCAAGAUAUGAACGAGUGUGCCCUGGGACUGAGCCCUUGUAGCUUUGGAUGCGACAACAAGCAAGGUGGAUUCAGCUGCCGCUGCCCACAUAGUUAUCAACCUAUAGGGGGAGGACACUGCUUGUCGCCCUAUGGAGAAGCCUGUUACGAGUGUGCGCUGUCCAAAGGGGACGACGAAGACAAAGGUGUGCCUCUUGUGGAGCGAAACCAAACCGGCAGUCAGACUCAGUCUUCCGCACCAUAUCAUGUUGUACCAGCAAGCAGCGGAAGCUAUGGACAGCACCUCCCUUAUGGUAGAAACCAAGGUUAUGGUCAACAUCAACUAGGACAGCGUCAAAUCCAAUUUGGUGGUCAGGCACAAACUUACAAUCAACAAAACUAUGGCCAACAAAACUGGCAAGCGGCACCACCGAAUAACGGCUUUCAAUUUUCGUACACACCUUCAGGGAAGCAGAGGAAACGACGAUCCAUUGGGCAUCGAAUGGAAAAAUUCACCUUACAAAUUCCCACCAACAUCAGCUCAGCUAAGCCGAUCCUAACGCUAGUGCCAGUACUCGCGGAAUUAAACGGAACCUUCAAAUAUGUCAUUGUUCAUGGAAACACGAGCUUGUUUAAAGUGGAACAACGCAAAGGAGUCUCGUUUCUUUUUGUUAAAACACCGUUCCAUCGAAAAGGCGUCUUCCGUGUGUGGAUUAAAGGUGCCAUGCGCGAGAAAGUGACAAAGGAAAUGGUUUCCAAGGAGACGGGGACGAUGGCAACGCAUGGACAAGAAACAAGAAAGAGCAAUGGGAACAAACUUGGAAAAGAAAACGGAACUAAGAAACAACGACACACGCUGGGAUAUCACGAAGCCAAAAGGUUUUCACUUCGUCUUACCAUCAAGGCCGUAUAGACACAUUACACUGCUUAGGCCUUUUUUGAUUUUUAGUUUCUUUCUUUUGUUGAUAAUGUGUUUUAUUUUGUAAAAAGAUAUUGGCCAUGCAUUUUUUUAUGUUCCAAGUUAUUUCUAAAGUCCAUCUUGCGCUGUAAAGAGACACAUUUUCUGCGUGGUAUAGACAACAACCGUAAAAUUAAAAGCUUUGAAGAAGUAUUUAAGAUUAUAAACUGCGGAGGUGUUAUUGCAUGAUAUCCUGUUUAUUUUAAGUUACCCUCCAUACGGCUGCUUCAUAUAUGAAGGGAAUUUGCAUUUUCAAGAUCAUUAUUUUGUCAACACCUGUUUGCUAAAUAUUUUACCCAUCGAAAUUGUGCGGAAAAGGUAUGUGUCUGGGAAUUAAAAGCUUGCGAUUUCACUUCACGAACAAAUUAUGAUAAAAGGAAAAUACACUUUGCCUAGUUAUUUUUCAGUGAAUAAAACAAACGACAAAUAUUCCGCAAUUUACUAAAAUUACU